AUGCUGAGCCGCACCAUUAAAUUUCAAGCUCGCCGUCGCUGCUCGUCCCUCGUGGCCAGGCCGCUUCCUAUAAGCUUCAUGAGCACGUCGGCGCCCAAGUUCAAGCUGGCGUUAUGCCAAAUUGCAGUGACCGAAGACAAGCAGAAGAACAUCGCCAAGGCCGUUGCUGCCGUCACGGAAGCCGCGAGGAACGAGGCGCAGGUGGUAUCGCUGCCCGAGUGCUGGAACUCGCCGUAUGCGACAACGUCCUUCCCUCAGUAUGCAGAGGAGAUCCCAGCAACAAAAGACCUGCUCAAUGAGGAGGACCAUCCGUCGACCUUUGCGCUGUCGCAACUUGCUGCUGAGCUCCGGAUCUUUCUAGUGGGGGGCUCGAUCCCCGAGAAGGACGCGACUGCGAAGGUGUACAACACGAGCGUCAUCUUCUCACCUGAAGGCGAGAUCGUGGGCAAGCACCGCAAAGUGCAUCUGUUCGACAUUGACGUGCCUGGGAAGAUCACGUUCAAGGAGUCCGAUACGCUCGCUCCAGGCAACACGUUGACGCUCUUUGAGACGCCGUAUGGCAAGAUGGGCGUUGGGAUCUGCUACGACAUCCGCUUUCCGGAACUAUCCAUGCUGAUGAAGAAACAGGGGGCGAAAGUGCUGCUGUUUCCAGGCGCUUUCAACCUCACCACGGGCCCAGCGCAUUGGGAGCUCUUGCAGCGCGCUCGUGCUGUGGACAACCAGCUGUAUGUGGCGUCGACGUCGCCUGCACGGGGUCCCGAAGGCGGCUACCAGGCGUGGGGCCAUUCUACGGUCGUCUCUCCGUGGGGCGAAGUAGUCGCCACUUGCGACCACAAUGAGGCCAUCGUGUACGCUGAUGUGGAUUUGGAGAACGUCGAGGAGAUGCGUCGCAAUAUUCCGACCUCGAACCAAUCGCGCUCGGACAUUUACGAACUCGUGCUGAAAUAA